UCUGCUGAUAAGGAGGCAGCUGUAUCCUUGGGAGCUGUCUUCACUUCAUCGUCUCUGGUAACGAAUGAGUCGCAAAUCAACCGCAGUGAAGUGAAGUGAGAGAGGGACUGAAUGCGUACACACGCACACACACACACGCACAAGCAAAGACGGACAGAGAGACAGAGAAUGUGUGCAGGCUCCCUCCUCUCCUCUCUCACCACCGGUUCCCUCUGCAAACACCGCGAUUUAUUAUUCCAUCCCCUAACAGCUUUGCUUUGUGCUUUAACGACACGGAAUUAAAAGGAAAUGUCGCAUAUUAGAAGCUGACAUUUUAUCCUCGCAAGUCGCCGCUUUUAACGACCCCGCUGUCUUCUGCAGGAGGCUCGAUUUUACCCACCCCAUGUUCCUUCGCUGGCUGAGCUCCUUCGGCUCCUCCUUCCUUCCCCGCAGCCGUCCCUCUCUCUGCGGGGCUGGCCUCAGGAGCAGCAGUGCCUCCUUCACCUCGCUCCCCCCAUUGAUCCCCGCUCCACAUCCAUGUUGGUCAGUGCGAGGAUUUCCCCCCUGGCCUCCGCAACCCCCCCACGCCCACCCAACAGCACGCCAGGUUUUCGCCGGUAGGAAGUUACACCCUGGUAACAUCAACCCCGGUAACUUCAGCGGCAAUUGCCGUUCACUCUACACCUCUGCCGGCCUCUUGAUGGAGCGGUCCGACAGAGAUCGAGAGCCUCCCCAUAAACGGAGGAAAAGUGAGGAGGAGAAGAAGAGCAAUGAAGAAAGAGGGGGACACAGAGGAGGCGCAGCAGGGGCAACAGGAGGCAAAGCCAAGGAUGGAAGCUCCAAGAGGGAGCACCAUCACCUGGUUCCCAGGGUGGAUAGCAGCCGUCGACCAAACCACCCCUUUAGAGAUGGAGGUCGAGACGGAGGGAAUCCUGGAGCUGGAAAAGGCGUCAGGCGGGAAAACAGCAGAGAUAAAGAUGUAGAAAGGACUAAAACUGGGAGUAAAGACAGACAGCGAAAAGACAGCGGCAGUCGGGACGGAAUCCCAAAUCAGUGGAGGGGCAAACAUCAGCAAGAAGGGCAUAAAGAUUCACAACCUGCAGGGUCCAGGACUCAAACCCCUAAGUCCAGACCCGAACAGGGUCAGGUUUGCAUGCACAAGCCCACACCCAAACCUAACCCCUGGUUCAAAGACAGGGGUGCAGAGGAGCAGGGAGGGCAUCACAGGAAUACAAAAGGACCAGAGGAAUGGCCAAGGGACAGAAGGAGUGGUGGAGGUCCGUGGACGGAGCCUUAUCCCCAGCCUUGCGGCACCCCUCGACCCCUAAACCCAUGGCAGGUAGCUGCAGCCAACAGACCACCUCCUCCACCUGGAGUCUCCCCGCCUGUCAGACAACAGGACGAGGCUACACCAGUGAAAUCUCUUCAGAGGCACUGGGAGACCUCUCCCGCCUGCAGUAGCCACCCACAGCCACCAGGGGCCAGCACAGCCUUUGACUUCUCGGUCAUGUCCUACAACAUCCUGUCUCAGCAGCUGCUGCAGGACAACGCCUACCUGUACGGCCACUGCGACCCCGUCGUCCUGCCCUGGGAGUACCGGCUGCCCAACCUGCUGGCAGAGAUCCAGCAGCACAACGCUGAUAUCCUAUGUCUGCAAGAAGUCCAGGAGGACCACUACCAAAACCAGAUUAAACCAGCUCUACAGACACUAGGCUACCAGUGUGAGUAUAAGAAGCGGACAGGAAGGAAACCGGAUGGUUGUGCCGUCAUCUUCAAAUCAUCCCGCCUCUCCCUCCUGUCCUCUCAUCCCGUGGAGUUUUUCCGCCCCGGCGACGCCCUCCUCGACCGGGACAACGUAGGAUUGGUGGUGCUGCUGCGACCCAACAGCGCCAUCGGCCAUGCGGAUCCCUCCGCCUUCGUCUGUGUCGCCAACACCCACCUCCUCUACAACCCCCGCCGCGGCGACAUCAAGCUGGCUCAGCUCGCCAUCCUGUUGGCCGAGAUCGGCCGGCUGUCCCGCCUUCCAGACGGGUCGACCAAUCCAGUUGUGCUCUGCGGGGAUUUUAACUCCACGCCCUGGAGUCCGCUGUACAGGUUCCUGACCACAGGCUGCCUGGAUUACGGAGGACUACAGAUUGGCAUGGUGUCUGGUCAGGAGAACACUCCCAGAGCUCAGCGUCUCCUCACGUCUCCAAUCUGGUCUCACAGUUUGGGAAUCAACCAUCAGUGUCAGUACGAGAGCAAACCCAGCGCCGAGUCCCCCACCAGUCCUACAGCUGUGGAGGGAGCGAUCUCUAAUCUGACUGUAGAAGAUCUCGCCACCAAAGCUGCUGCUUUGAACAGAGCGAGGAUCGAGCACGGCCUGAAGCUGCAGUCGUCCUAUCAGCACUGCCUGAUGCCUGACGGCAGACCUGAGAUAACCACCUGUCACUCCCGCACAGCCAUGACUGUGGAUUACGUCCUGUUCACUCCCGAAUUCCCCGCCUCUCCUUGGUUUCCCGGCGGCCGGGGCCUCCAGCUAUUGGGCAGGCUGUCGUUGGUCGGCCAGUCUGAGCUGGAGGAAGUCAACGGCCUGCCCAAUCGGCGCCACUCGUCCGACCACCUCCCUCUCCUCGCUCGCUUCCGCUUUCGGCACUGACCUGGGAAUCGCUGGACGACCGAUCAGAACAGCUGCGGCGGCACGACGCCUCGGGUGCUAAUAUUGCGGCCCGGAGAAGAUGGGGAGCGGUUUAACGUGUCUGCUGAACAAGUAACACACAAAAUAAUCCAAGAUUAAGGUAAAGACAUCAGGAUUAAAAUUGAAAACUUGCAGUUAAACAUUUGAGCGCGGAUCUUCCCCGAGGUUUGUUGAAAUCUUUCAAAUAAAUUGAAAAUCUACACAUUUCUCACAAUUGAAGAGGUUUGUUAUCAAAAAUGUUAGAAACCAAAAGUACAGUUACUUGACUUUGUUCUUUAUAUCAUUCAGACUAAUAAUUGAUCCUUGUCAUUAAACAGUCACAUGGAUUGUUUUCCAAAUUUCGGAAAACAUCACCUCUGUGUACAAACGUCAGUUAUACUAAAGUACCGACACUAAAAUUGAAUUAGAUUCCCAAUCGUCUUUCGCUUCACAAAGUCUUUUCUUCCUGCUCCUUUGAGAAUGAAAGCAGGUCUUAGUUUAAAGGUUUUACUUGUAUAUAAAGUUGUUUUUUUCUUUUUUUUUUUAUUGCUCUUCUCUGUCAGGAUGUGAAUCCACGAAGGGACGAAUUUACAGAUUCAUUUUUAAAACCUGAACAUUAACACUUGAAGAUAAAGUGCUGCUGAUAAGGAAGGCGACUUGCCGACUUUAUUUGAGCAUGAUAGAGGGGCAAAGCGACUAAUACACAGUUAAGAAGUUAGCUUAAGUUGAAAUCAAAUUUUAGGGGGGGGGGUAUUUAAAGACUGAGCUUUUGGUCCUAAUGAAAUCUUCUGUCAGGUUAUAUUUUAAAAUGCUUCAGAAUGAAUGUGGAUGAACACUUGCCCCUGUAUCAUCGCCACACACGUGUUUUCUUUUAUACCAUCUACUGUCGCAUUAAAGCAAACACUGUACAAUUUAAAAAAAUAUCGAAAAAUGUGGAGCUACGGUACAGUUUACCUGCAGAGUCAGAUUGCAGAAGGUCUUAUUAUGAUCAUUUUUAAAGGAAAAUGGUGGAGUGAAACUUUUCUAACGUACUGAACCUCGUGGACACUCUGAUGUAAUUUCAGACUUGUACAUAAUCUGCGGAAUAACAAGGAUGGAUAUAUUUUUCUAUCAUUGUGGAAAGAGGUGCUUUCCGGUUUUGGAAAGUUUACGGUUUGUAAAUAAAAGACGAUGUUUUUACUUA